AUGAGUACCCAAAUACCAAUGGAUCCACCAAAGCUCUUCUGCAUGCCAGCUCGUCCACUUGUCUGUGGAUUGGCGCUUUUUGGAGCUGUUCGAAGUUUUAUUCAGUUCUUUUUUUCAAGCGGAAUAGUUGUUGGACUUUCACAUAUUGCUGUAUUGCUUCUCGACUUGCUUCUUCUGUUUGGAGCAUAUAAAAAUGAUGUUUUCGCUUUGAAAUGGUCACAGAGGGUUACGUUUGCCUGCGUGAUCGUCUCGAUUUCUCGUUUUCUCAUCUACCCAGUCGUUUUCGCCAGCUACAUGGCGUCUGGUCUAUCCCGAAAUUUCACAGGUCUUGACCCAGCAGAAAUCGAAAUUAUCUCAAAUGUAACAAGUGCUCAUGAGAACUUUAUGCUCGGAAUGAUUUCUGGAUUCACACUGGAGUUUGCCACUGGUAUUUCUAUUGGAGUUGAAUGCGUAAAAUAUCUACUCGUUCAUCGUCUCUGGGAGUACGCAAAAGCAACCGAAGCUAUCUCUUCAAGCCGUUACGUCAUUCCAUAA